AUGGCGAACAGCGUUGGAGCUGUCUCUUAUGAUCGACCCCCCGAGCUGGAACCUUGCAAGCUGACCUGCGAGAUAAAAGAGGCAGUCAGAAUUAACAAACUGUGGCUUCACUUGCACAACUUCCAAGACUCAAUUUUACAGGGUAGUCAAUGUUGCAUAGAGCUUGAACGGAGACCCAGAGACUUCGUGGUCUUUCAGCCGGCGUUCGAAUUCUCAGCCAUGCUCUCGACAUCGAACUUGCUGCCUUCUCUUAAACUUGCGUUCCUCGCUGACUUCCCAUUGAUCUUCAUCGAAGGCAAACUCCAUAUGCAAUGCGACGACAGGGGCACACGUAACAGGGUGGUGUAUUGGUAUCAGAUUGCGGGGGUUCUUCCGGCUGGGUAUAGUGUUGACGCUCGAAGGAUUUGGAUGCACCGACACAUUCGUCCUCCGGCCAUUCAAGUCGUCUGUUUCACCUCUGAUGGAGAUCUGGCGGAAAGGAUUAUCAUCAGCACAUGUCCCGCUUGGGUCGUUAGGCGGGACAUGCCCACAUCUGUGACUGUGGCGGAGUUUACAGAGCUUUCAAUUUGCAACACCCACUCGGCGUCUUCCCUUCAUCUGGUUUCGUCUACCAUUUGGUCGUUCGGACGGCUCAAUUGUCUUAGUCUCCUUCACCUGCAAAUCUCAUUCUCUGCUGUUGUCGGGCCUUUGACAGACUUCCUAUCUGCCUCACCUCCAGACGCUAUCGAGAAUUCAGCUCAAAGAUGGGCCGAAAUCACAAAGACAUCGAGUCGUGAAGCUGUCGAGGCCGCAGUUGCAGCAGCAAACAUACGGCACACAUCAAAGCUUCAUAGAUUCGGGGUGUGGACUCUCCAUGCCGUCUUGAUCACCAUCUACACCGCAAUCUUUGCUGUUUCAUUAUUGCCCAACAGACCAUUUUCGGGAGUGUUUAGUUUGAUAGAUGCACCGCCAAAGGCUGUCGGCGAGAAGACUCAUCUCGAAGUCUUCCCUAUUCAAGGUCCGCCACAUGGCAAAUACACGGGUGAACCAAGACCAGAGGUAGAUCAAGCAUGGAGGGACUUGUUACAGUAUAACAAUGUCCGAGUUUCCGAAGAAUGGGUACAUCGUUGGGGACGGGAGCAUGAAGCGGUCAAGCUACCCGAUGGCGGGUAUCUUGGCAUGCUCAAUGUACAGAAGCGUCUCUACCAAACGCUGUCGCCCGACUACUACUUUCCCAACGCAACCAAGCAAGAAAUCGCUACGAAUCGAGAGCAUAACCAGCACUGUCUUGAGGUCCUCCGCAUGGGUGCAGCCUGUCGUGGUGACAUUUCCAUCAUCACCCACAUGUGGACUGACAUCGACGCGAAGCCCAUCGUGAACCAAACGGCGCCUCACCAAUGUAUUGACUUUGACAAGGUCAUGGACUAUUCUCGGGACAAUACAGUAGAUGUAUAUAAGGACAACUAUAUCGUCCACCCGAAGUUUGGACCUUCCUUUCCCAAGGGCAAUAGCAUUAAGCCCUUUAAGGAGCAGGGAAUGGGGCACCAUCAUUAA